GCGGAGCUUCCGCGUGGCCAAGGUGUUCCGCGAGAACUCGGACAAAAUCAACUGCUUCGACUUCAGCCCCAACGGGGAGACCGUCAUCUCCAGCAGCGACGACGACUCGAUCGUGCUCUACGACUGCCAGGAGGGCAAAAAGCUGAAAUGAAUUGAAAUGGCUUCUGAUGAAAGUGAGAGAAGAGAGUGCAAAAGCAGAACUGCCUUUGAAUAUGAGGGAAAAAUUCAUGACUACAAAAGAAUUAGAGAACUUUGCUGUUAACAAUGAAGAAAUUGAAAUUGUGAAGCAGUUUACAUAUCUCAGUCAUCAAUUGAAAUGGAGACUGUAUCCAAAAAAUUUGAAGAAGACUGAGACUUGGAAGGGCAGCAAUUGAUUAAGUAGAAAUGAUCAUCAGAAAUGAUCAUCACUGGAGACUAAGGCUGAGCUCACCCACAGUGUUGUGUUCCCAAUCACAAUGGUGCAUGGGUGUGAAAGCUGGAAGGAGAAAAAUUGAUGGUGCUGGAGGAGAGCCUUGCCAAUACCCUGGAUUGACACAAAGACAAACUAGUGGUUCCCUGACCAAAUCAAGCCAGAACUUUCCCUGGAAGCAAAAAUGACAAAACUAAGGUGGUUGUACUUUGGGCACAUCACAAGAAGGCAACACUCUGGAGAAGACAGUCAUACUAGGGGAAGUCAUAAGAACAAAAGAAAAGCCAUGCUGGAUUAGACCAGAGGUCCAUCCCGUCCAGCACUGUGUUCACAUGGAGGCAAACCAGCUCUGCACAGGAUUGACUAGGCAAGAUGUAUGCAAGACCUCCAUCUGCCCAUGCUCCUCAGUAACUGAGGUGGCCCUGUGAAGAACAAAUCACCUGGCCUCGUUUGUUUUGUCCGGUCAGAGAAAAAGUGAAGUUACUAGGAUCUUGCUUGGUGAUGGAAAGGGAAGUUCAGAAUUGCCACACACCGUUAGAUCAGCAGAUGCACCAUGUAUAGGCCACAUUCAGCAGUAAUACCAAAGAGAACUCUGUACAGCAAAAAAUAUGGAGUGGAUCUCAUCAGGUACACACAUGCUGCCAACACGGUGGUGUACAGUUCCAAUAAAAUAGAUGAUACAAUCAGAUACCUCUCUCUUCAUGACAAUAAAUACAUCAGAUACUUUCCAGGACACAGCAAGAGAGUUGUUGCUCUUUCUAUGUCACCAGUGGAUGAUACCUUUAUUUCUGGGUCACUUGAUAAGACUAUCAGACUUUGGGAUCUUAGAUCUCCAAAUUGUCAGGGUUUGAUGCAUCCUCAAGGAAAGCCUGUGUGCUCAUUUGAUCCAGAAGGCUUGAUUUUUGCAGCUGGGGUCAAUUCUGAAAUGGUGAAACUUUAUGAUCUCCGCUCUUUUGAUAAGGGUCCAUUUGCUACUUUUAAGAUGCAGUAUGACCGAACCUGUGAGUGGACUGGUUUAAAGUUCAGCAAUGAUGGUAAACUUGUUCUAAUCUCAACCAAUGGAGGAUUCAUCCGACUCAUUGAUGCUUUUAAAGGGGCUGUUCUUCAUACAUUUACAGGAUAUAACAACAGUAAAGCUGUCACACUUGAGGCUUCAUUCACACCAGAUUCCCAGUUUAUAAUGAUCGGAUCUGAGGAUGGGAAGAUCCAUGUCUGGAAUGGAGAGACUGGAAUGAAGGUAGCAGUGCUUGAUGGGAAACACACAGGCCCCAUUACCUGCUUGCAGUUCAACCCCAAGUUCAUGACCUUUGCCAGUGCUUGCUCUAACAUGGCCUUUUGGUUGCCAACUAUAGAUGACUAGGUCAGGAUUCAUCGUUUCCAAGGGACAGUUUUUACACUGGCUUGCCAGCAACAUUAUUUGAGAAGACCAUAAUAAAAGUAUUGGGAUUGCAUCACUCAGACUGAAUGUUUCCAUCCAGCACAUCCUAUGAAUGUUUGGCUGCAGACUCUGCUGCAUUUCCUCUAAAGGAUUUCUUCAUUUGACUGUGCAGUUGCUGGUCUGGAAACGAGCAGGAGAUCUGCCAGUAUCACAACUGUCUCGGAACUGUUCCAGCUGAGCUGAAGUUAAGAGGUUGCUCUGGAGUAUAAUCUGGCUCGAUUUUGCUACACUGAUACUUCCUGAUACUUCAGAACUUUUUGCUUGUAACUGAGGGUUAUCACUUGUUGAACACCUGGAAUGCUGGGCUUGCUUAAAAGUGAACUUUCCAACACGUUCUCUCCAGUCAGAAAUACUGAAGGUAUCUAUGCUGUGCAUUCCUAGGCAAAAGCGUCUUUGUGCUAUAGAAAACGUGCCAUAUAUGCAGGUAGCCACCCAGCUGCUGAGGGAAUUUCUAAAGCUGCUCAGCCUUCUACCUAUGCAAAGUGCUGAUGCUGCUAUGAGUACUGAGCUUUCCAGAGAGCAUAUAAAACCUCUUUGCCUUUGGCAGCAUCUACAAUAGGCAGGCACUUGGAGUGUUCUGUGAGAAAAUCUUAAGCAAUACAGGAAUAUUUCUGUUGAAACAUGCUAUCAAAUGGACUGGAUAGAAAUGCACUCCCUGUAUUCUUACCUUCAGUGUAAUCCUAGCUGAUCGUGUAAAUAUCUGGGGGUGGAAAGGGCAUAAUAUUUUUUUUACUAUUAAAUAUUAAAGAGUAGCACAAGGACCAACACAGUAUUGUGGAAUGAGUCUUGAUCAUAUACUUGCAUUUCAAACAUUUCAAAUUUCCAUUGCAAUUUUCUAAGGUAUUACAUACAGGGUGUACAUUCCCCCCCCGCCCCCACUUCAUUAUAUAUUGUGUUCUUCUGGUAAAUACAAAUUUAAUUAGCUUGACUUUUUUCAUUAGGCUAAUUUGAUGGACCUGUAGAAUUUCCAGUUGAUGCGCUUUCUUUCUUCGCUUGAUAGUCCUCUUGCAGAAGAAUAACGGGCUAAACAUGUCCUCUAGGUUCCUUUCCAGAGCAACUCAAACUUAGCUCAGUUGUUCUCUGACUGCAUCUGAUAGCCUUAGGGAUGUAUAUUUCUACUAGAUUUAAGGCAUUGUGUGAACUUCUUAGAGCUCCUGCUUUAUAAUCUUGACUACCCAGCCCUUACUACUUGACUGUCUUUAUAUUUCCAGAAUUACAUUUCAAGCAAGCACAAAGUUAGUAUUUUAGUUUUCGUUCCUGUUUAAGCCCCAUUACUUGUCUUUUCAAGACACCAAACCAUUUUGAUAAGGUGCCCAACCUUAUCCUGAGUUUGCUUAGCAUUAAGCCAGUGCUAUGGAGAUAUUUUCUCUACAUUAUUAGUACAUGUUGUACUACAAUGAAAGUACAUGUUUUCCCUGCACCUCCAAAGAGCUACUGUGCAUGAGCCAGCUUGAGGAAUGUAGUAUUUAAGCUUGGCUUGGUUGGAAAAGUGUAUGUAUUGUGGAGCAGGGAUUAUGGGGAACUUCAAGCUGCCUCUGUGCUAACUGUAUUGUCUUCAUCUUUAAAAUGGUUAUUGUGUUGUCCUUGUGUCCAGAAAUUUCUCACAUCAAUAAUUUCUCAGGUCUGUAAAAAUUCAGCGAUGCAAGCAGCUCCAGUUCAGGGAUGCAGGUCAACUGCAUCAGCAUCCCACUUUCUGACUUCUGCUUUACUAAUUCUCAGCACAACAGCAGGGUUAGAGUAGUUGGGUACAGCAUUGAGAUACUGGGCAGGAGCUCAUGUGUUUCAUCACUUUGCUAUGUUUUGGCUUUUUCUGAACUCAAUUAAAGGGUUGUUGUUCUUUUUUACCUUGAGUAGAUUGCCAUUCAACUGGAGCUGGUUCUCAGUAAGAAGAAUAAAUCUAUGCUUUCCAUUUACCAUUUUGCUGGGAGCUGCUUUUAAUCAAGCUAUUUCUUUAAAAAACACAUUAUGCAUUCUGAGUCCUAUUUUGUAAAUAUUAUUUGCAACUUGGGCAUUACCUUGCAAAAUCUUUUGGCCAAGAAUUACAGUAUUAAACAGAAGGCAGCACUGCUGUCUUGGACAAAAUUUGUCAUGUAUUGUCCUCACAUAUUGGAUUUUCUACUGUAAUUGUAUUUCUUCAGUCAUGGGUACCUUCUUACCUCAGUGUGGAGUACUUCUCUAUUUUUCCACUGGGAAGCAAAAUAAACACACAGUGUCAUCUUUGGGCUAGCAUGUGUUUUUUCAUGUCCCUAACAUUUUUGGACACAAAGACCCUGUUCUUACAGUCAUCAGAGAAAGUGAGGCAGUGUUCGGUCACACAAUAUUGAACAAAAAUGAACCUCUUUUUAAAUAUAUAAAAAAUAUUAACCUGAUUUUUACAUAUGGGUUUUUGUAUCCUAUAAAAGCUUGUGUUUGCUUAAUGGCAUAUAGUUGUCAGCCUCCACUCAGCAAUGGCCUGGUCAAUUAUUUUCAGGUAUUCUAGAGCUUUCUCAUAAAAUCUAAAGCAGGAACAGCUUCAUACAGGAAAAAAAGCCUGUAUUGUUACUUACAAAUUGCACUUUAAUUAAUCCCAGAUCCAUGACUGUAUAAGGUGCUUAAGUUUAUUUUUGCCCUUUGGAAAAAAGAUUGCCCUUGAAACUGUAAUUGUCAAUACAUCCUUGGAAGCAGAACUAUGCUGGGUGCAGUUUAGGGCAGUAGCCUCUUAUAUGGAUGUGGGAGCACAUUCCAUUAAAUACAUACAUGAUAGGGUUAAAAGCUUGUCCCUCCCCUUGCUUGAAAAUGAAUGUGUCAAGUUGUCAUGACAUAUGGAAAGUAAAGUAACAGAGCUGUACAUGUAAAUAAAAUUUGGUAAACUGUCUUGAUAAUGUUAA